GUAUAAAUACGACUAGUUAGCAAAGAAACAAGUAAUUAUACCAAACAUUCGCAAGAGCGCCGAAGAAUAUUGCUGAAUCAACAUGAAGAGGACCGUGCUGGGAUUGUUCUUUGUUCUGGCCAUCACGUCGGGGUAUGUCUUAAGUGAGGCUGUCAAGCUGACAGAUUCAGAAAACGCCGUAGAAAACUCUGAGGAAGUCCACAUCUCAAAACGCGCAUUCGCCGCUGCAACCCUGAGGGCUGCUCUACGGGGGCUGAGGUCCAAACCAGCGCAGACCGUGCUCAGAAAAUUAGCCGAAUACUACGGUAAAAAGUCCAGCAUCAGCCGAGUUGCCGACGUGAUUGAAGAAGUCCUUUCUGUAAUGGGAAAGUACGACACAGCAUUCAGCUCUUACUUCGUGGAUGCCGCUGUGCGUCUGGGACUGGGCCGCGAUUUUGGGCUCGCAGUGUACAAUUUGAUUUGGUUUUUGGUUUAAUUUUGUUGAAUUCUGUUUGUUUGGAAAGGCUUCAUAUGGAGUGAUAUUAAAUGAGUGUUUCAGUCUAA